AUGUCCACAGAAGCGUCACAAAACGAUAUCAUGUCUACAGCCAGGUCGAGACUGGCUGCGAUCUUGCAAUCAACUUGGACCCAGGUCAGCACAACAGUUAAUGAAAAUUUACCGCCCGAGACUCGAGAAAAGAUAAAGCAAAAUCUGGUUGUCUUUGCACGAUCACGUCCCAUACUUGCCACGCUUAUUCUAUCACAACUCGCAUUCUCGGGCAUCCCACUGCUCUUAUUCAUCGUUCUUACCGCCGGCAUAUUCAUCUUCAGUCUGGCCGCCGCCCUCGUCUUGGGUGUACUCAGUGCAUUGAUGGUUACGCUGUUUUGCAUGGGAUUGGGCUCAUUGAUUCUUGUUCCGACCUUGUUUGUCACUACGCUCACGGCAGGCGGGAUCUGGCUUUGGGGCUGGGGKUUGUAUUAUGUUGUGCAAUGGGUUGGUAGUGGUGAUACGGCGCUGUUGACUAGGCUCAGCUUGCUACUGAUUCCUCAGAGGCCGGAAAAGCCGGAGAAGUCAGAGAAGUAUGGGGGAAAUGGAUAUGGCGGGCAAGAUGUGAAGGUGUCAUCCGAGUCUAAUGGACAGUUUGAGAAGCAAGUCAAUGAAAUCUGA